UCAAAAUCAAGAAGAAUCACAUGCUAAAACAAAUAAUUUCUGAAAGGUUUGAUGCCAGUGACAUUGUACAACAAACAUGAACUCAUCAAUGAUUUAAUCAUUUUACACAGAUCGCUGGAAGUGUGUUAGAAGCUGUUAAAACAAACAAACAAACACAUUUUCUAUGUUACACACUCAACUAAUUACUGGUGUCAAGUCACCUUUAUUUACAUAGUGCUUUUUGCAAUGCAGAUCAAAGCAGCGAUAAAGGGAACAUAAUUUUGGCUGCACAGCAGUUCUAGAAGAAAAUAGUGUCAUUGUCCAACUUAAGUAAGUUCAGUAUUGAUUCAUUCCGUUGUAAAAAUCAUUAGUUAUUAAUUUAGUUUUCUCUGUAGAUCAGCUUUAGAGAAAACAGUGAAGUCAUCGUCCAGCUCAGUUUAGUUCACAUACAAAGGUGUCAAGAGAUAUGGUGUGAUAUUAAGAAAAAUAGGGGAGACCAGGGGCAAAUGUAACGGGACAAUUGUAACAUCUCAAAUUGCACCAAUCAGAAAUGAGACAGAACCAUGAAACUCACUUUGCAUGUGCUCUGUGGAGAUCCCUCUCUGCAUGCCAAAGGACAAGCUUCUAAAUCAUACUUGGUAAAGUUUUUCUUGGUAAAGACUAAUUUUUGAGGUAUUAAAGUAAUUAGAUGUAACAUUUGACUUCUAAUGUUUCAAUCAGUAUUGUAAUUGCUUGUAAAAACAUUUGGUGACUCUUAACAACACACAGAAGUUACUGACAUAGAAAUUGUAUCCAAAUAUAUUUCAAAGGUUUUUGAGUAAUGACGACAUGAUCAAAAUUUGGUACAAUUGCCCCCGGUCUCCCCCUACAGAGAGUAGAGCAUCAAAACUGCAAAGUCAUGGUUUCACAUAAACAAUGUUUACUCUCUCUCUCUCUCUCUCACUGAAAACCAGGAAGUUUGUGGAUUCAGGAGAAACGAAACCUAUUUCCUUGCAACACAAGCCUCUGCUUAAGAAUCCAUUUACUCUUGUUAGUUUGGUUAAAGCAAAAGGAAGGAAUAUUUGACUUGUUAUUCUGUCAAAGCAGGCUACUCCUUCAGAAAUGGCAGAGUCUGCAGUGAGUCAGUAUGUGGAUCAGUUCAGCUGUCCAGUCUGUUUGGAUCCUCUGAAGGAGCCGGUGACGAUUCCCUGUGGACACAGUUACUGUAUGAGCUGUAUUACUGACUGCUGGGGCCAGAAGGAGCAGGGGCCGCCGUACCGCUGUCCCCAAUGCAGAGAGAGCUUCGGUCAGAGACCUCUACUGAAGAAGAACACUCUGAUAGCUGAGAUGAUGGAGACGCUGCAGAAGACGUCCCUACAAACGGCUGCUGUGGAGUGUGAUGUUUGCACUACAGAGAAGAACAGAGCUGUAAAGUCCUGUCUGCAGUGCUUGGCCUCCUUCUGUCAAACUCACCUGCAGCCUCACUAUGAAUCUCCUGCGUUUAUGAAGCACAAACUAGUCGAAGCUUCCAGAAACAUUCAGGAGAACAUCUGCCUCAGUCAUGGGAGACUUCUGGAGAUUUACUGUCAGGAUGAUCGUCAAUGCAUCUGUUGUUUGUGUAUUGACAAUCACAAAGUACACAAUGUGGUGUCUGUGGAUUCAGAAUGGACUAGUAAAAAGAAAGAGUUAAAGGAGAUAAAAGUGGCAUAUCAGAAGCUGAUCCAGGAGCGAGAGAGAGGUCAGCGGGAACUCAGAGAAGCUGUGAAGCUGCUUAAAAGUUCAGCUCUAGAGACCAUGGAGGACAUUGAGAAGGUCUUCACUGAGCUCAUCUGCUCUCUUGAGAAGAAACACUCUGAGAUUAAAGAGCAGAUCAGAGCUCAGGAGAAGACUGAGAUAGAUCGAGCAGAGGAACUUCACAAACAUCUGGAUCAAGAGCUGACAGAACUCAGAAAAAGACAAGCAGAGAUUGAGAAACUUCUGAUUACUGAUGAUCAGAUCCAGUGUCUGAAAAGGUGUCAGUCUGUGUGUGUUUUACCUUCAUUUGAAGAUGUUCCCAUCUUCACUCAACACACUCAUCUGUCUUUUAAAGAUAUUUCAAUCUCAGCGUUUAAGGAGGUUUUGGAGGACGUCUAUCAACAGCAAACAGCCAGAAUUUCCAGAGAAGUGUCAAAUGUCCAUGUUGCAGAGCCUCCAGAACCUAAAACGGCAAAUGAAUUUUUGAAAUACUUCUGUCAGCUGAACCUGGAUCCAGACACUGCAGACAAAAAACUCAAACUGUCAAAUAGGAACACAAAAGCAUCAUAUUCAGAAAAAGUCCAGCAGUAUCCUGAUCACCCAGAGCGUUUUGAGUUUCCCUACAUCUUGUGUCGAGAGGGUUUGUACGGUCGCUGUUACUGGGAGGUUGAGUGCAGUGGGAAGGAAUGGGCUGUAGGAGUUUGUUACAAAGGAAUUAGUCGUAAAGGAAACAUUAAUGACUGUAGACUUGGCUCCAACAAAAAAUCCUGGAGAUUUGGCUACUAUAAUAAUGAUAUCAUUUUCAUGCAUGACAACAAGCAAGUCUCAAUCCCUGCUUUCCACUCCUCUAGAAUAGGAGUGUAUCUGGAUCACAGAGCAGGAACUCUGUCCUUCUACAGCGUCUCUGACACAAUGACUUUCCUUCAUAGAGUCCAGACCACUUUCACUGAACCCUUAUACCCUGCUUUUCGAAUUGAUUCUGGUUCAUCUGUCAGUAUCAUAAAGAAGGGGAGUAAAAACUAAAUUCACAAAUAUAUAAAAUAAAACUUCAAUGUUGGAUGAAAAAGAUGAAAUGAUGAAAGAGAUGAAAUGGUAAAUAUUUUCAAUUAAAAAUCUUAAGUGUUUUGUUUUUGUUGUUUAGUGAUGAUUAAAUCAUAUAGCCUGAUUCUCUACUAUGUGGCUGGCUGGAUCUGAAUUUGUAGCAGUUAAUAAUUUCAGUACACAUGCUACUGACAGUCAAUAUCUUAAUGGUUUAGAUCAGAUCAUAGUUUUUGCAUUUAGUAGAGGAGCUAAUGAGGCAUUACAUACAUGUCUUAGCAGUGUGUGCAUUUACAUUUGUGUCUAUGAUAUAAAACUUAAAUGUUUUAAGAUGGUAAAUAUUUUCAAUUAUAAAGAUGUUUUUUUUUCAGUGAAAUUCUCUGUUAUACUUUAGUUAUACUCUUCACUACUUCUAAACAUUCUUUCUUCGUGUGAGCAAUCACAUGCAAAUUGAUCCAUUACAUUAUUAAAAUCUGUCAGGCAUGUAUGUACAGGUAUGGAAAGUUUGUAAAUGGGCAAAUGACCUGCCAUAGUAAUUAAAGAAAAAUCACAAUCUUAUUGAUCAAAUUUGGAAGCAUAUAUAUAUAUAUAUAUAUAUAUAUAUAUAUAUAUAUAUAUAUAUAUAUAUAUGGAGCUUGCUGGAUGUCAUUUUUUUGCAGUUUUCUGUUCAUUUUUACAUGUAAGAAAUGUGUAAACAUGGGCAUGUAAAUGUAAAUGUUCUGUAUACAUGUAACACAUUGCCUAAAUAAAAGUACCGCAUACAUACAA